CCCGUACCCGCAGCCGAAAGGCACCAGCCCUUCCCCAAUUCCGGCCACAACCCAGGCGCCUCCCUCCGCUCCCCACCUUCAGUCCCCUCGCAGCUUCUCCGCCGCCGCCGCCGCCGCCGCCUCCGACUCCGACUCCGACUCCUUCCCUUCGCGCUGAUAUUUCCCCACUCUUCCUCCCUCCCCUCCCCACCUCCGUCGGCUCAUCCACCAACCUAUCUGCCAAUCUAGAAACCCCUAUUGCGCUACCAUCGGCUGGUUUGAUUCGGCUGAUCUGAUCGGUCGCUGAGCCGAUGGGCAGGGGCGACGCCGAGGAAGUAUCUCCCCCGGUGUCGUCGCCCGAACUUGAGCAGGACGACGGCGACGACGACUGCUACCUCAGCGAUCAGGAGGACGAUGCCCUAGAGGAGUCGGUCCUCCAGGUCCUCGAGGACGGCCACCUCGAGGACUGCCAUUGGUCCUCCUCUUCUGUGAUCACCAAAGAAUACCUCUUAGGGGCGCAGAAGGAGGAUCUCAGGAAGAUGAUAGAGCUGCUAGGUUUGAAGGAGCACCAUGCGCGGACGCUGCUCAUCCACUACCGCUGGGACGUGGAGAGGAUCUUUGAGCUGCUUGAUCAGAAGGGGAGGGACAGGCUCUUCUCAGAGGCUGGUAUUCCUCUCCGAUCCACUAGUAAUGCUGGUUUGCCCUCUGUCACGGAGGUGACAUGCAAUGUUUGCUACGAUGAUGUGCCCAUUUCGGCUGUUUCCGAGAUGGACUGUGGCCACAACUACUGCAAUCAAUGUUGGACAGAAUAUUUCAUUGUGAAAAUAAAUGAGGGGCAGAGCCGGCGCGUCAAGUGCAUGGCUCCAAAGUGCAAUGCUAUCUGUGAUGAAGCAUUAGUUCGGAAGUUAGUAAGUGCAAAGUGCCCAGAUAUUGCUGAGCGCUUUGAAAGAUUUUUACUGGAGUCUUAUAUUGAGGAUAAUGAUACAGUCAAGUGGUGCCCUAGCACACCACAUUGUGGAAAUGCUAUACGUGUCAAAGGGGAUAUUCAUUGUGAGGUAGAAUGUACAUGUGGGCGCCAGUUUUGUUUUAAUUGCUCUUCAGAGGCACAUUCACCGUGUUCCUGCGUGAUGUGGGAGCUCUGGAUCAAGAAAUGUCGUGAUGAAUCUGAGACUGUGAAUUGGAUAACAGUAAAUACCAAGCCCUGUCCCAAGUGCCACAAACCUGUGGAGAAGAAUGGUGGCUGCAACCUGGUUGCAUGCAUAUGUGGACAGGCAUUCUGUUGGUUAUGUGGUGGUGCUACUGGUAGAGACCAUACAUGGUCAAGCAUUAGUGGCCAUAGUUGUGGCCGAUUCACAGAAGAUCAGUCCACGAAGACAGAGCAAGCAAGGCGAGAUCUGUAUCGAUAUAUGCACUACCACAACAGAUACAAGGCUCAUACUGAUUCUCUUAAGCAGGAAGCAAAGCUGAAGCGCGAUAUCCAGUGGAAGAUAUCAAUUUCUGAGAAUAAGGAUUCCAAGAUAAAGGAUUACUCUUGGGUGAUAAACGGACUGAACAGGCUUUUCAGAUCAAGGCGUGUUCUUUCAUACUCUUAUCCUUUUGCAUUCUACAUGUUUAGUGAUGAAAUUUUUAAGGAUGAGAUGACUCCUCAGGAAAGAGAACUUAAGCAAAACUUAUUUGAGGAUCAGCAACAACAAUUAGAAUUCAACGUUGAAAGACUAUCUGGUUUCCUCGAGAAGGAUUUUCAAAAUUUUGCUGAUGAUGAGGUUAUGGAUACAAUGAAGCAUGUCAUCAAUCUUUCCAAUGUGGUAGAUAGGCUCUGCAAGCAAAUGUAUCAGUGCAUCGAGAAUGAUUUGUUGUAUCCUCUCCGCACGCCUCAUAAUAUUGCUCCUUACAAAUCCAAGGGCCUUGAUAGAGCGUCGGAGCUUCAUAUUUGUUUGGACUCUGCUGAACAAAGUUCUCAAUCCAUGAAGUAUAGUCACGACGAACACAAGACUCAGCCUGGUUUACAUAGUAACGAAUCAGGCUCAUCUCUUCUGGGAAAGCGGCCUAUUCUUCCGUUGCAUGGAUCAAGUUCUGACAACAGCGGACGCCCAUCACACAAACGAGAGAGAAAAAGUGGUGGUGCUCUUUUUGAUCUCAAUGUGCCAGCUGAACUUGCAGACAAGAGCUGAAACUUGAAUAUCUGACGGAACAUUCCGCGGCAACUGUACAGCUGACCAGUGCUUCUUCAGCCACAUAAAGGAAUUUCUGUUCUUUUUUGUUGCCUUAGUGCCUGUGUGGCAACUUCCCCUGGGACUAUGAUCCCAACAAAUAGAGUUACUUUCACUUAUUCUCUUGUAUAUCAUGACAUGACUUGAUGCCAAUGUGCAUAGCUCUUAUAAUGCCAAAUCCAACCCUUGGGCAACACCGGUUUUGGAAGAAACUCUGGAGAUCUUCUGAUCCCAAUGUUGCAAGUUACACACAUAUUGUGUGGAACCAUUGAAGUAACUGGCUUAAGCUGUUACGGCAGCCUGUGUA